CGCUCCUCCUCCUCCCGUCCCCCCGCGCCGGUCCCCACCGCCAUGUGGAGCCGCCGCGCCGGGCGUCGCGGGCCGUGCGGGCCUGAGGAGCUGCGGGGCCAGAGGCGGGAGCGGGAGGCCGCGCUCCGCAAGGCGCGACGGCAGCAGCAGCUGGUCAGCAAGAGGCUUCUGCGGGAGGAUGGGCCGGCUGAGGCUGGGGCUGCCCCCCUGGAGAACCAGGAGAUGCAGCAGCUGCUCCGCACUGCCCAGCGGGGAGCGGGGGAGAAGGAGAAGGAGGCGGCCCUGGGCAGCCUCCGCCGGGGUCUGCAGCAUCCCCAGGCGCAGCGGAUGUUUAUCCGGUCGGAGGGCAGCGUCCGUGCCCUCAUCGGGCUCCUGACCAGCAGCCGGGCGGCGUUGCAGCUGGAAGCGGCUCGCUGCCUGCACGAGCUGUCGCACGCCGACGACCGGGCCGUGGCCGAGGCCUGCCUGCCCUCCACGUCCUACCUCCUCACCUACCUGUCGGGGCACAGUGCCGACUUCAUCGAGUUGUGCCUGUACACACUGGGCAACCUGGCAGUGGAGAGUGAGGCCGUGAGGAAGCAGCUUCUACCCCAGGGGGUCAUCUCGGCCAUGGCUGCCUGCAUCCAGUCUCCCCACCCGGCCGUGCUGGAAGCCCUCGGCUACGCCCUGUCUCAGCUCCUGCAGGCGGAGGAGGCUGCGGAUGAGAUUAUCCCCCGGGUCCUGGCCUCCCCGCUCCUCCAGCCCAUGCUGAGGCUGCUGCGGCCCACCCCGGAACGGGGGGCCGGCGUCGCCGUGGAGUUCGCCUGGUGCCUUCACUACAUCGUCUGCAGCCAGGUGGACAACCCGCUGCUGAUCUCCCAGGGAGCACUGUCCACCCUAGCGGAGCUGCUGCUGGGGCUGGCUGGGGCCGUCUCGGAGGCCGCGGACACGGGGCUCGAGCUGCUGGCCUGCCCCGUGCUGCGGAGCCUCGGUAACCUGCUGGCCGAGGAGUCGGCCCUGGCGGCGCCUGGUUGGGAGCAGCUCAGAGACGAGAGGAUCUUGGUGGCCGUCUUUGUCCUCGUGAAAGCCUUUCUCCGGUGCCAGUCCGGCCUGGUACCCGAGUGCCUCUGGCUGCUCAACAACCUCACUGCGGACGACCCCGCCCUCUGCACCGCCCUGCUCACCCUGGACCUGAUCGCUCCCCUCUUGCAGCUCUUGCCCCUCUCUCAGGUGGUGAGCGUGCUGGUGCUCACCGUCCUAUGCAACGUCGCCGAGAAGGGUCCUCUCUACUGCCAGAGGCUGUGGCCCGGCCCCACGCUCCCCUCCCUGCUGGCCACCCUGGCCCUCUCGGAUCCAGAAGUGGUCGGUCAGAGCCUGGAACUGCUGCAGCUGCUCUUCCUCCACUGGCCCGAGGCGGCGCAGAACUUCAUACAGCAGUCGGGCCUACAGGCCCUGGAGCAGCACGAGGGCCACACGGAGCUACAGGACCGGGUGCGAGUGCUCAAGGAGACGGCUCUGCGUGGGAGCCAGCCCCCUCCAGCCUCCUGCGACCCCACGCCCCCGCCUCCCCUCCCCGCUCUCUAGGAACCGGCCCUCUCUCUCCUUGGAGGGAGAAGGAUCGGAACUCCCCUAGUUGAGGGGAAAUGGAGACAAGGUCCCAUUCCUCUUCCUCGUUUUGCAGGCCUCAUUCAGGCGGGACUUCAACAGUAGUCACUCACAUGAUCACCUGGUCUGGGAUCACAACUGUCCCUCCCUUUGCACAGAGUUGUAUAUUUUUUUUUCCCCCAGUAAACUGGCUCUGGCCACUGCACUGAUGAA